AUGAAAGGCGCUCUUCUUGCUCCUUUCCUGAUGAGCAAGCUUGAAAAGAGGUGGCGGCUCUGCUCGGACCGCGUGACUCCAGGGCUCCGAGUGAAACCCACACAAAUCCAGGUGACUUGCGAGAAUUCUGAGAGCUUAACGACGACAACCGACGACGCCGCCGCCAAAUUCUUGACGACCGAUACAGAGGUUCAAGACAAUCAAAAUGGCGAACCAGAGACUCCAAUACCGCCGCCGGAACCCAAUUUCGUCUAUAGGUACAACACGCGGUCCAACAAGGUCCGCAUCAUCAAGACCCCCGGCGGUGAGCUCCGGUACCUCCACAUCAAGAAGAAGGGCACUGCUCCCAAGUGCGGUGACUGUGGCAUCAAGCUCCCCGGUGUCCCCGCUCUUCGCCCCCGCGAGUACUCUCAGAUCUCUCGCCCCAAGAAGACCGUCUCCCGUGCCUACGGUGGUUCCCGCUGCGCUGGCUGCGUCAAGGACCGCAUCGUCCGUGCUUUCCUGAUCGAGGAGCAGAAGAUCGUCAAGAAGGUUCUCAAGGAGUCUCAGGAGAAGGCCGCUGGCAAGCGCUAA